AGGCCCCGCCCACUCCCGGCUCCGGCCCCGCCCCGCAGCCGUAGGCCCAGCUGGAUCCCACAACUGCCUUUUCCCAAUUUUGUUCACGCACCUCGAAGAACUCGUGCUCCCGCGGGAAGCGCACCGGGCGCGCAACGAAGCGAAAGGGCGCGGCCCCAGCCGCGGGGUCCCGCUCUACAGGCAGUGGCUCCGCCGCCCCGGGCCCGGCGGCGAGGCGGGCGCACAGCGCUGGGGGCAGCUGCAUCACCCCGGGCGCGGGCGGGCGCAGCCUGUCGGCCACCGUCCUCCAGCCGAGCCGGACGUGACGUCGUGCGCACUUCCGCCGCCGUCGGGGGCUGCGCGGGAGCUGUGGCUCUGGUACUGUGGAGAACAUAUUGUGAUGUUGGUGCCUCAGAGCUAAAACUAUGAGUGAAUUUCGGAUUCACCAUGACGUCAAUGAACUGCUUAGCCUGCUGCGUGUCCACGGAGGAGACGGGGCUGAGGUCUACAUUGACCUGCUUCAAAAGAACAGGACCCCGUACGUCACUACCACUGUCUCUGCUCACAGUGCCAAGGUUAAAAUUGCAGAGUUUUCUCGUACUCCAGAAGACUUUCUAAAGAAAUAUGAUGAACUGAAAUCUAAAAAUACGAGGAACCUUGACCCGCUGGUGUACCUGUUGUCAAAGCUCACGGAAGACAAAGAGACUCUGCUGUACUUACAACAGAAUGCCAAAGAGAGAGCUGAGCUUGCAGCCGCUGCUGCGGGCAGCAGUACCACCAGCGUCAGCGUCCCUGCUGCAGCCUCCAAGAUCUCCAUGCAGGAGCUUGAGGAGCUGAGGAAGCAGCUUGGCAGUGUGGCCACAGGCUCCACACUACAGCAGUCUCUGGAACUUAAAAGAAAGAUGCUUCGAGACAAGCAGAACAAAAAAAAUUCAGGCCAGCACCUCCCGGUCUUCCCUGCGUGGGUGUAUGAGAGACCUGCCCUGAUCGGGGAUUUCCUGAUCGGUGCUGGCAUCAGCACAGACACCGCUCUGCCGAUAGGCACGCUGCCCCUGGCCUCGCAGGAGUCGGCUGUGGUGGAGGACCUGCUGUACGUGCUGGUGGGCGUGGACGGGAGGUACGUCACUGCUCAGCCCCUGGCUGGGAGGCAGAGCCGGACCUUCCUCGUGGACCCCAACCUGGACCUGUCCAUCAGGGAGCUGGUGAACAGGAUCCUCCCGGUGGCUGCCAGCUACUCCACGGUGACCAGGUUCAUUGAAGAGAAGUCUUCCUUCGAGUACGGGCAGGUGAACCACGCCCUGGCGGCCGCCAUGCGCACCCUGGUGAAGGAGCAUCUGAUUCUGGUGUCACAGCUGGAGCAGCUGCACAGGCAGGGCCUCCUUUCGCUGCAGAAGCUCUGGUUCUACAUCCAGCCAGCCAUGCGCACCAUGGACAUCCUGGCCUCCCUCGCCACCUCGGUAGACAAAGGCGAGUGUCUUGGGGGAUCCACACUGAGCCUGCUCCAUGACAGGAGCUUCAGCUACACAGGGGACAGCCAGGCGCAGGAACUCUGCCUAUACCUGACCAAGGCGGCCAGCGCUCCCUACUUUGAGGUUCUGGAGAAGUGGAUCUACAGGGGCAUCAUCCAUGACCCGUACAGUGAGUUUAUGGUCGAGGAGCACGAGCUGCGGAAGGAGAGGAUCCAGGAGGAUUACAAUGACAAGUACUGGGACCAGCGGUACACCAUCGUCCAGCAGCAGAUCCCUUCCUUCCUGCAGAAGGUGGCGGACAAGAUCCUCAGCACAGGAAAAUAUCUAAAUGUGGUCAGAGAGUGUGGCCAUGACGUCACCUGCCCGGUGGCUAAAGAGAUCAUCUACACGUUGAAAGAGCGGGCAUACGUGGAGCAGAUCGAGAAGGCAUUUAACUAUGCCAGCAAGGUGCUGCUGGACUUCCUGAUGGAGGAGAAGGAACUGGUGGCUCACCUCAGGUCCAUCAAGCGCUACUUCCUCAUGGACCAGGGCGACUUCUUCGUGCACUUCAUGGACCUGGCGGAGGAGGAGCUCCGGAAGCCGGUGGAGGACAUCACGCCCCCCCGCCUGGAGGCGCUGCUGGAGCUGGCCCUGCGCAUGAGCACGGCCAACACUGACCCCUACAAGGACGACCUCAAGAUCGACCUGAUGCCCCAUGACCUCAUCACUCAGCUCUUGCGUGUUUUGGCCAUCGAGACCAAGCAGGAGAAGGCGAUGGCCCACGCCGACCCCACAGAGCUGACGCUGAGCGGCCUGGAGGCCUUCUCUUUCGACUACAUCGUCAAGUGGCCCCUUUCACUCAUCAUCAACAGGAAAGCCCUCACUCGCUACCAGAUGCUCUUCAGGCACAUGUUCUACUGCAAGCACGUGGAGCGGCAGCUCUGCAGCGUCUGGAUCAGCAACAAAACCGCCAAGCAGCACUCGCUGCACUCCGCCCAGUGGUUUGCCGGGGCUUUCACUUUGCGGCAGCGAAUGCUCAACUUCGUCCAGAAUAUUCAGUACUACAUGAUGUUCGAAGUGAUGGAACCGACCUGGCAUAUCCUGGAGAAAAACCUGAAAUCUGCCUCCAACAUUGAUGACGUCCUUGGCCACCACACGGGCUUCCUGGACACCUGCCUGAAGGACUGCAUGCUCACCAACCCCGAGCUGCUGAAGGUCUUUUCCAAGCUCAUGUCUGUGUGCGUCAUGUUCACCAACUGCAUGCAGCACCUGGCCGAGCACGCAGACGCUGCGCAGCUGGUGUCCGGCUUCGAGGCCACCAUCAACAAGUUUGACAAGAACUUCUCAGCCCAUCUGCUGGACCUCCUGGCUCGGCUGAGCAUCUACAGCACCAGUGACUGUGAGCACGGCAUGGCCAGUGUCAUCUCCAGGCUUGACUUCAACGGCUUCUACACGGAGCGCUUGGAGCGCCUGUCUGCAGAGAGGAGCCAGAAGGCUGCCCCCCAAGUGGCUGUCCCGCGAGGGCCCCCGGCUCCUGCACCCAGGGUCGCAGUCACCGCACAGUGAGCCUUGGCUGCGCCAGGAAGGAAGGGUGUGGGGUCAGCAGCGACUGGUGCAAAUGGGUCCAGAAUUUUCAAAUCAGAAUGCUCUGUGUUCUCUGUCUUUGCAGUUUAAAUGUAAAGCAGGAAUGAUGGACUUACCUCAUUUUGUUUCUCAAGGCGUUGGGUUUCAUUUCAUAGUAGCUGCCCAGACAGGGUGGGUGUCCCCCUGGAUUUGCUAGUCUGUUUGCUUUUUAAAAUUACACUAUCACCUUUUUGGGUGUUUUUGGUCUCAAAGUGGAAAUACAUGGUGUUUAAGCAAGAAGCAAGCAAAGAUGCAUGUGGGGUGAGAUCCAGGCCUGGUGUCCACAUCCUUCCAGGAGAGCUGGGGCCGGGCUCCCUGAGGUCGGUCGGAACUGGGAAGAGCCUCUGGAAAUGGCCAGGGAAUCCCCGAAACCCACCAGGCGUUGGGUUUGCUUCAGCCCCAGAGGCAGCCCCGUUCCUUCUGCUGAGGACUCACCCACCUCCACGCCUCUCCUCCUGCUGCUGCUCCAACUGGUCUGGGGCAGGAGGCCACAGACAGGGCCCUCAGGCACCUGGGAGCCCACACCUCCCCCUCCAUGGGACGUACCCACUGAAGAGUGGCCACGGGGCAGGCUCUGCUGCUGGCUGGCACCCCUGCCCCACCCUAUCCGGUGCCGCCUUGUCACGUAGAAGUUACUCAGCAGAUUGACACCCUACCCAGUCCCCCUCAGGCAAUCGUCUGCCCUCUGUCUUCCCACCUUCUCCAGGGCUACAGUGGGCAGCACAGCCAUCCCCGGCUGGCUGCCCUGGCCAGGUUGGUCUGCUCUGGCUACAUUCUGGCCAAGCUGCCCCUUCCUGCCGACCUGCAUGUGUAUUGUCACCAUUCAGCUCUCAGCACCUCGGCCCCCUUGGGCAGCGAGGAAGGGCCCUGGAGGCGAGGUUGGGAGGAACCAUAGCUAGAACAGUUUCCUGUGGGGAACAAGGGUGUGGGCAGCUCUUGCCCGGGGCGGCCUCACUGAGAACACCACAGAGCGGGGGUGUGGGGGUGUCCAACUCUCUAGCCACAAACUGCUUCCUCUUGUCUGCAGCCUGUGCAGGUCUGGCCUGUGAGUAAACACAUUUAUCAGCAA